CCACGAGACCGGACCAAACCAAAUCCGGCCCAAACGACGAACACGAUCUAGUGGCCUCGAGUCUUCACGGGAAGACGAGAGAAUUCUCUAGAAGAUUUGCUUUCUCCUUUCUCCAUACAAUCCCCAGCCCUCUAUAAAUUCUCCCAUCCCGAUCGACAGAAACCCAAGAAAGUCUGAAGAAAGCACCGAUCAAAAGAGCUACCACAAAUCAAUCGCUCACCCUUCCGCUUCCAACACUAAUCAAAUCGUCGAUUCCUUCCACCAGCAGCUCGAAUCCCCAUCAACAAUGUCGCUGAUCCGCCGCAGCAACGUGUUCGACCCCUUCUCCCUCGACUUCUUCGACCCUUUUGACGGCUUCCCCUUCGGCUCCGGCAGCAGCAACAGCGGCGGCAGCCUCGUCCCGCGCACCUCCUCCGACACGGCGGCCUUCGCGGGCGCGCGCAUCGACUGGAAGGAGACGCCCGAGGCGCACGUGUUCAAGGCGGACGUCCCCGGGCUGAAGAAGGAGGAGGUGAAGGUGGAGGUGGAGGACGGCAACAUCCUCCAGAUCAGCGGCGAGCGGAACAAGGAGCAGGAGGAGAAGACCGACACCUGGCACAGGGUGGAGCGCAGCAGCGGCAAGUUCCUCCGCAGGUUCCGGCUCCCGGAGAACGCCAAGGCGGAGCAGGUGAAGGCGUCGAUGGAGAACGGCGUGCUCACCGUCACCGUGCCCAAGGAGGAGGCCAAGAAGCCCGACGUCAAGUCCAUCCAGAUCUCCGGCUAGGCGUCUGCGUGCUCGCUGCGCGAUGAGGUGGACUGCAGAGCAGAGGUGUGGAGUUUCGCCCCGGUGGUAGUGAUGAAAUAAAAAAAACCAGAGUCCGGCUGUCCGUGCGUGCGCUGUGUGUCUAGUACUCUAGCGUUGUGUGCGAAUGAAUCUCGUCUGUGUUUCGAGUCCAGUUUGCUCAUCGAUCUGUAUUUCAUCAGCAACUGAGUAAAUCCAUUAGUAUAUUCUCUGCUAA